AUUGGAAGCAUGGCAAGCAGUACCCAUGCCACCGUCUCCGAGAUCCGCCGUUUGCAGCGUGCGGACGGGCCUGCGGCCGUGCUCGCCAUCGGCACAGCAAACCCGCCCAAUUGCGUGCUCCAGGAGGAUUACCCGGACUACUACUUCCGCGUCACCAAAAGCGAGCACCUCACGGAUCUCAAGCACAAACUAACGACAAUGUGUCAGAAGACAGGCACGGAGAAACGUUUCUUUCACCACAACUCGGAGCUGCUGGAGGCCCACCCUCAUUUCUUCGACGGCGGACGUCCGUCUCUCCACGACCGUCUGGAGAUCGCGGCCGCAGCUGCUCCGGACCUCGCAGCGUCAGCCGCCGCCAAGGCCAUAGCCAAAUGGGGCCGUCCAGCCACCGACAUCACCCACCUCAUCCUCAGCACCAACUCGUGCGCGCGCACCCCCGGUGCCGACAUUCACCUGGCCUCCCUCCUCGGCCUCCGUCCAUCCGUCGCUCGCACCAUGCUCCAGCUCAACGGAUGCGGCACCGGCUCUGGAUCGCUGCGCCUCGCCAAGGACUUGGCCGAGAACAACCGUGGCGCGCGCGUCCUGGUGGCGUGCGUCGAGCUCAGCAUCGUCGCCUUCGGAGGGCCAGAGGACAACUACCCCCACACCCUCAUCAGCCAGGCAUCGUUCGGGGAUGGCGCGGGCGCGGUCAUCGUCGGCGCUGACGCUGUGCGCCCCUUGGAGCGUCCGCUCUUUGACAUGGUAUCCGCCUCACAGACCACGAUUCCGGACACGAACCAUGCGGUCACCAUGCAGCUCACGGAAGACGGCCUCAAGUACCACUUCUUGAUGCGGGAGCUCGUGCCGAUAGCGGCACAAAACAUCGAGCAGUGCUUGUCCGCUGAGCUCGAGCGGCUUGGAGUUGACGUCGAAUGGAACCAUCUCUUCUGGGCAGUGCAUCCCGGCAUCCGUGCAAUCUUAGACCACAUCGACGGGGCUCUCCGGUUGGAGCCGGGGAAGUUGGCCGCGAGUCGGACCGUGCUGAGGGAGUACGGGAAUAUGCUUAGCGCCACGGUCAUUUUCGUGCUCGAUGAGCAGCGCCGGCGAAUGGAGGAGGACGGAGAGGAGGGAGUUUGGGGUGUGAUGGUGGGACUUGGAACCGGGUUCACUAUUGAGACUAUGGUGCUGCACGCAACCACCAACCUCAAACAAAAGUUACCACUUGUUUAA